AUGGCCUCGGCGCGGCUGCGGUGGCUGUCGGCGGCGCUGGUGGCGCUGGGCGCGCUCUGCCUGCUGCUCAGCAUGCACGGCCUGCCCCUGCUGCUGGGGGAGCCGCUGGUCUUCAGGAAGGAGGGCCGCUUCCUGCAGCUGCCCGCCCUGGACUGCCGGCGGGAGCCCCCGUUCCUGGUGCUGCUGGUGGCGUCCGCCCACGACCAGCUGCCGGCGCGCACGGCCAUCCGGGAGACGUGGGGCGCGCAGCGGGCCGUGCGCGGCCGGCGCACCGAGACCCUCUUCCUGCUGGGCACCUCGCCCAGCCCCGCCGCCGCCCGCGCCGUGGCCCAGGAGGCCCGGCGGCACCGCGACAUCGUCCAGAAGGACUUCGUGGACGCCUACCUGAACCUGACCCUGAAGACCAUGAUGGGCAUCGAGUGGGUGCACCGCUUCUGCCCGCGGGCGGCCUUCGUGAUGAAGACGGACUCGGACAUGUUCGUGAACGUGGCCUACCUGGUGGAGCUGCUGCUGCGCAGGAACCGCACGGCGCGCUUCGCCACGGGCUUCCUGAAGCUGCACGAGCUGCCCAUCCGCGAGCGGCGCAACAAGUGGUUCGUGAGCCGCCGCGAGUACCCCUGGGACCGCUACCCGCCCUUCUGCUCCGGCACCGCCUACGUGCUGUCCGGCGACGUGGCCAGCCAGGUGUACCGCGUGGCCGACCGCGUGCCCUUCCUCAAGCUGGAGGACGUGUUCGUGGGGCUGUGCCUGGCCAAGCUGCGCAUCGGCCUGGAGGAGCUGCACUCCGAGCAGACCUUCUUCCCCGGCGGCCUGAGCUUCUCGCCCUGCCGCUUCCGCCGCAUCGUGGCCUGCCACUUCGUCCCGCCCCACAAGAUGCUGAGCUACUGGAAGGCCCUGGAGGCCUCCCCGGGGGAGGCGUGCCCCGCCGAGUGA